GCUUCCCUCUGGGGCAUUCUCAACCACAAACAACCACCAGCAGCCCGCCCCGCCCCUCCUUCCCUUGCUAUGAGCUCAGAGCAGCAGGACAAAGUGCUUGGGACCAGGAAAGAGGCCUGAGAGUAGCCAUGGGCUCUGGAGGAGCCGGCUUCCUUGGGGCCUGGUGGCCCCUGCCUCUCCUGCUUCUGCUCGGCUCGGGAGGCAAGGCUCAGGACUUCCCACCUCAGAUUCUAGUCCACCCCCAGGACCAGCUGUUCCAGGGCCCUGGCCCUGCCAAGAUGAGCUGCCGAGCUUCAGGCCAGCCGCCUCCCACCAUCCGCUGGCUGCUGAAUGGGCAGCCUCUGAGUAUGGUGCCCCCAGACGUACACCACCUCCUACCUGAUGGAACCCUGCUGCUGCUGCGGCCCCCAACCCAGGGACGUGCCCACAAGGACCAGGCCCGAUCCACAGACCUAGGCAUCUACACCUGUGAGGCUAGCAACCGGCUGGGCACGGCCGUCAGCCGAGGUGCUCGGCUGUCUGUGGCUGUCCUUUGGGAGGAUUUCCAGAUCCAUCCACGGGACGCAGUGGCCACGGUGGGUAAGCAGGUGACCCUGGAGUGUAGGCCACCCUGGGGCCACCCAGAGCCCACAGUCACAUGGUGGAAGGAUGGGAAACCCCUGGCCCUCCAGCCCGGGCGGCACACAGUAUCCAGAGGUUCCUUGCUGAUGGUAAGAGCAGAGAAGAGCGACGCAGGGACCUAUAUGUGCGUGGCCACCAAUGACGCAGGACGACGGGAAAGCCGGGCAGCCAGGGUGUCGGUCCAGGAGCCCCAGGACUACAAGGAGCCUCUGGAGAUUCUGGCUAUGCACAUUCGGCUGGAAAACGUGACCUUGAUGAACCCGAAACCCACAAAGGGCACCAAGCCUGGGCCUGCUGUGUGGCUCAGCUGGAAGGUGAGUGGCCCUGCUGCGCCUGCUCAGUCCUACACAGCGCUGUUCAGGGCCCAGACGGCCUCGGGAGGCCAGGGAGCUCCGUGGGCAGAGGCCCUGCUGGCUGGCUGGCAGAGCGCAGAGCUUGGCGGCCUCCGCUGGGGCCAAGACUACGAGUUCAAAGUGAGACCAUCCUCUGGCCGGGCUCGAGGCCCUGACAGCAACGUGCUGCUCCUGAGGCUGCCCGAACAAGUGCCCAGUGCCCCUCCCCAGGAGGUGACCCUAAAACUUGGCAAUGGCAGUGUCCUUAUGAACUGGGUUCCACCACCUGCUGAAAACCACAAUGGCGUCAUCCGUGGCUACCAGGUAUGGAGUCUGGGAAACACCUCGUUUCUACCAACCAACUGGACAGUGGCAGCCGAGCAGACCCAGCUAGAGAUUGCCACCCAAACGCCAGGUUCCUACUGUGUGCAAGUAGCUGCGGUCACUGGUGCUGGGGCUGGGGAGCCCAGUAGCCCCGUCUGCCUCAUUUUAGAGCAGGCCAUGGAGCGAGCCGCCCGAGAACCAAACGACCAUGGUCCAUGGACCCUGGAGCAGCUGAGAGCUACCUUGAGGCGUCCAGAGGUCAUUGCCAGUGGGGGUAUUGUGCUCUGGCUGCUGCUGCUGGGCACUGCAGUAUGUGUUCACCACCGGCGCCGAGCUGCGGUGCACCUGGGCCCAGGUCUGUACAGAUAUACCAGUGAGGAUGCCAUCCUAAAACACAGGAUGGAUCGCAGUGACUCUCCCUGGCUGGCAGACACUUGGCAGUCCACCUCUGGCUCUCGGGACCUGAGCAGCAGCAGCAGCCUUAGCAGCCGACUAGGAGUAGACCCCCGGGAUCCACUAGGCUGUCCUCAUUCCUUGAUCUCCUGGGAUCCCCGCAGCCCCGGAGUGCCCCUGCUUCCCGACACCAGCACUUUCUAUGGCUCCCUCAUCACUGAACUGCCUUCCAGCCCUCCAGCGCGGCUGAGCCCCCACGCCCCAACUGUCAAGCGUCUCCCACCCCAGCUGGCCCGGCUCUCCAGCCCCUGGCCCAGUUCAGACAGCCUCUGCAGCCGCAGGGGGCUCUCUUCUCCGCGCUUGUCCAUGGCCCCCACAGAGGCUUGGAAGGCCAAAAAGAAGCAGGAACUGCACCAAGCCAACAGCUCCCCGUUGCUCCGGGCCAGCCACCCCAUGGAGCACUGGGCCUGGGAGCUGGGGAAUAAAGGCUCCAAGAACCUUUCUCAAAGCCCAGGAGCUGCGCCCCAAGCUCUGGUUGCCUGGCGGGCCCUGGGACCACAGCUCCUCAGCUCCUCCAGUGAGCUGACUCGCCCUCUCCCCACAGCAACCCCCUCUUCUCAUGGAGUCCCCACUCAGAAUCAACCGACGCAGCGCUUGGUGGAGCUCCAAGCUCCCCCCUCCCACCCACUGCCAGCAGCCCCCAACCCCAUCCUCAUCCCCUCCAGUCCCCAGGCCUCUUCCCUCUCUGGUCCCAGCCCAGCCUCCAGUCGCCUGUCCAGCUCUUCACUGUCAUCUCUGGGGGACGAUCAGGACAGUGUGCUGACUCCUGAGGAGGUGGCCCUUUGCCUAGAGUUCAGUGAGGGUGAAGAGACCCCCAGGAACAGCGUCUCUCCUAUGCCGAGGGCUCCUUCACCCCCCAUCACCUAUGGGUACAUCAGCGUCCCGACAGCCUCAGAGCUAGCAGACAUAGACAGGGCUGGAGGAGGGGUGGGGUCCGAGGUGAGGGGCUUGUUGUGCCCCCCUCGGCCCUGCCUCACCCCCACCCCCAGUGAGGGCUCCUUGGCCAAUGGCUGGGGCUCAGCCUCCGAGGACAAUGCCCCCAGCGCCAGAACCAGCCUCGUCAGCUCCUCCGAUGGCUCCUUCCUCGCAGAUGCCCACUUCGCAAGGGCCCUGGCAGUGGCUGUGGACAGCCUUGGCUUUGGUCUGGAGCCCAAGGAGUCAGACUGCAUCUUCACAGAUGCUUCAUCGCCUCCUUCCCCCCGGGAUGACGUCUUCCUGACCCCUACCUUCUCCCUGCCCCUGUGGGAAUGGAGGUCAGACUGGCUAGAGGACGUGGAGAGCAACCACCCCCAGCGGCUGGGAAGGGGGCUGCCUCCCUGGCCUCCAGACUCUCAGAUCUCUUCUCAGAGAAGUCAGUGCAGCUUUCCCGUGCCCAAGGCUGGCACUUCCUGGCAUAAUGCCUUUUGA